AUGUUAGAUACCUUCGACAGACGCGCAUUCACCGCGCCUUUAAGCGAUGGGCAGCCAGUGACCCACGAUGUCUACAGCAAAGGUGAUGGCGGACCCACAGUUGUUAUCAUCCAGGAAUUGCCGGGCAUCGGCCCCCAAACCGUCAGCCUUGCCAACACAUUCGUAGAACACGGCUACCAGGUGGUAUUACCGCACCUGUUUGGACCACUGGGUAAGGUGUCGCUGGUCGGGAAUGUGGCUCGCGUGUUCUGUCUGCGACGUGAGUUUAAACUGUUUGAGAAAAAUGCCAGCAGUCCGAUUGUAGAUUGGCUGAAAGCGUUGUGUCGCGAUUUGAAAACACAGCGCGAGGCCAGCGCAAUAGGUGUGAUCGGCAUGUGUCUGACCGGCAAUUUUGCCAUUUCGUUAAUGGCAGAUGAGCAUGUCCUGGCCGGCGUUGCCUCACAACCCUCCAUGCCGCUGUUUGAUCAACACGCGCUGCAUAUGUCCGCGGAUGAAGUUAAUCAGGCCCGCCAACGCCUCGACGAACACGGUCCGAUGCUGGCGCUGCGCUUCGCCGGUGACAAACUGUGCACUGCCGAUAAAUUCAGAGCACUGGACCAGGCAUUUAACAAUGACAAAAAACGCAUAACGCUGGUGGAGCUGCCAGGCAACGGACAUUCCGUUCUAACCCUGGACCUCAUCAAAGGCGGCACCCCUGCACAACAGGCGCUGGACGAUGGCUUAACCGAAUUCCUGCCGAUCUCCAGCUCUGCGCAUCUGAUUCUGCCUUCGCUGCUGACAGACUGGCCGGAUCAGGGGCUGGCCUUUGACGUAGGUGUACACUUCGGCACACUGAUUGCGGUGAUUGCUUACUUCCGCGCAGACUUGCUGCAGAUGGCCACAGCGGUGGCCACCUAUCCUGCACAUCGUAUUUACAAACCCGAAAUUGACCUGGUCUUCAAACUUGCCCUCGCCACCUUACCGGUUAUGGUGGCAGGCCUACUUGGCAAAGAUUUGAUCGAAGCCCACCUGCGCAGUGUGCCUGUGAUUGCCACCACAACAAUCGUGUUUGGUAUUCUGCUGUGGCUGGCUGACCGCAAACCUGGCAAGCAGGACCUUUUAUCAUGGGGUCAGGCGGCAUUUGUUGGCGGCAUGCAGAUGCUGGCAUUGAUUCCCGGCACUUCCCGUUCGGGUAUUACCAUUACUGCAGCGCUGAUGGUGGGUCUCAGUCGCACCGGCGCAGCCCGCUUUUCUUUCCUGUUGGCCAUUCCAACGAUUUUAGGUGCCCAGGUAUUGCUCAGUAUUGACCUGGCUCGCGACGCUGCGCAACAGCAGUGGUGGGAUCUUGUCAGCGGCGCGGUUCUUUCAGGCCUGGCAGCCUACACCUGUAUUCACUUCUUUAUCGCCCUGGUUGAGCGAACCGGUAUGACCCCCUAUGUGAUCUACCGGCUGCUGUUGGGCACGGCCCUGUUUGCCAUAUAUCUGCUGUAG